AUGGUCAACCCUAUACUUGUACCAUUUCUCGGAUGUCAGAGCGGACUUGUUGGCUACAAUGCACACACCACAAUACCUUGCUUUAUUGUAAUCAUUGUGUACGACACAGUGAUAUUCAGUUUGACGCUAUACAGAGCAUUCCGCUCCACCCAAAGAGUACGUCUCUUUUAUGUCCUUGUUCGAGAUGGUAUCUUUUAUUAUAGCGUCAUGCUCGGUAUCUCUGUUUCUGCAGUCGCCGUUAGCUCAAGCCUCCCUGUGCAGCGGACUGCAUUGACUGCAUUGUUCUUACCCGUUGUAAAAGCUAGUUUCUGUGUUGUCGGCAGUAGAAUAUCGCUCAACCUCCGCGAGGCAGCAAGACGAACUGUAGAUGCUUGGAAUGGCACGAGCAUUGAUACAGAUAUUGAUUGA